UAGUACCACCUCGCCUCACCACUCUACACAGUUUGGUUGGUUUUCCAUUAUUAUAGUACCUUUUCAACAUGGGCUGCAUGAAACUGCCGUGCCUUUGUUUCAUACACAACACACACCAAUUAGUGACUAGUGACUUUUAAAGCAGUUGUUUUCAUUGUAACUGAAACAUUAGAAUCAGUUAAUUAAAAAAGAUUUGUUCAGUAAUUUCUCCAUGACCGGAGCACAGACCCCAUCUGACACAGUCACUGAAGUGAAAUACGGCUGAACAGGUUAUGAUUCACGAUCGCAGGCUUCCAGCAGUGCUGUCACUAAAUACACCACUCCUCUGUUAAAUAUCGACAGUUUAGACAUUUCCUUUGCUAAAUGUUGCAGAUUAAUGCACGUUUUCAGGAUUUUUAAGUCUUUUUAAAGAACUGAUCUACAGUUCGGCAUCGUUCGCUUUGAUUCUUGUGUCGGACGUCGCACUCAUGACUCUUCCAGUGACAACACUCUCUGACCAAUCCGUGACCAGCAGUCUGACGGCAUCACGCACAGUAUCGCCUCAGCUCGCUUGGAACCAGGUACUAUCACUAAUGGAAAAGCAAAAUAACCGUGCCGUGCCAGGACCAUGUAGUGGAAAAGCGGCAUAAGAAUCCACAUUCUGAAUUGACCUCUUUACUGAAAUGAAUUCACAGACUUUAUAAGUGUGUAACUUUGUCAGGGGUAUUGCAACAAGAGGGUACUGCCUGGGGCCUUGAACUGAGAGGAGGCCCCUAAGAACAGCUGAUGACAGUACAAUAUUUUGUCAGAACCCUCAGAAAUUCCAUUAUCACAUAAUGUGCAGUAGCAACCAGAGGUGGAAAGAGUACGGAAAUAUUCUACUCAAGUAAAAGUACCACUAUUUUGAUAACAUUUGACUUAAGUACAAGUAAAAUUACUGGUCUAAAAAUGUACUCAAGUUAAAGUAAAAAAGUUUAAGGUAAAAUAAAAUGUACUCGUCGUGCAAAAGGACAAGGGGACACAAAUCUCACAUGAAUUUGUUUUAAUUAAAGGCAAACCUUAACAAAUUAAAGUGCUGACAAAAUAAAAUAUGUAAACCGUAUGUAAAUCAGUCAAUGUCACUCAAUGACCUCAAUUAACGCCAAUUCACCUGUCCUCAUAGUUCACCUGUCCUCAUUCACCUGUCCUCAUUGUUCACUUGUCCUGAUCGCCCACUGCCAACGUUUCUGGUGUGAGAUUUUUCUUUUUUUUUUUUAAAUUCAGGCCAACCUUUUUUUUUUACUGAGUAAUGGAUGUGAAUUCAAAUGUAGUGAAGUACAGGAACUUCCAAAAGAGUUAAGUAGAAGUUAAAUUGAGUACACAAAAAAACCUACUCAAUUACAGUAACACAAAUAAAUGUAAGUCAUUGCUUUCCACCUCUGGAAGCAAUGACACCAUGGAGAACUGCCAGGGGGCCCCAAAUGCCCUUAAACGCCCCUGAAUUUUGCGUGCACUUUAUUUACAUUUAAACGAAUCAAGGAUGAGGGCGUGAAUAUAUAUCUGUACCUAACUACAUGCAGUGUCUUGAAACAGCAUUCCUGUCAAAUAACCCUGAGGGGUUUGUUUAUUUUACCUCACACAACCUAUCACGCAGCAGCGAAGGCUGCUGUCUCUGAUCGACCGGUAGAGUAACUUUGUUUCUUAACCAGUGUUAAGAACUUCGUAAACUUUAGAACAGCAGGACAGAAUGGACAUGAACGCGGUAAACUCUCUUCCUUUCGAGGAUUUUGUGAGAAUAUUCGGGAAUGUGGUGGAGAAGUGUCCAAUGAUAGCAGCCGCGGUGUGGUCGCAGCGUCCCUUCGCGAGUUUCCUCGCUCUGGAAACCGCGAUAAGUGAUUUCAUUGACGUUCUGCCUGAGUCAGGUAAGGAGGGCAUCCUCAGAUGUCACCCGGACCUCGCGGGCAGAGACCUCCAAAUGGGCACCCUGACCCAGGAGUCGCGCGAGGAGCAGAGCCGAGCCGGACUGGACGCGUUGGAGUCCGCGGAGAGAACGCGCAUGGCCCAGCUCAACGAGGAGUACAAGGCGCGUUUCGGGUUCCCGUUCGUCAUCUGCGCUCGGAUGAACGACAAAGCGAACAUUCUACGGCAGCUGUCCGAGCGCUGCCAGAGCGAGCGCGCGGCGGAGAGAGCACGCGCCGUCGACGAGGUGAAGAAGAUCUGUCACCUGCGUCUCCAGGGCCUCGUGCGCACUGACGCUCCAAACAAGCUGUGAUUCCUCAGGUUCACCUGUUCCUGCCAGACCUGUAGCUACAUGAUUAUAUGUUUAAUUUUAAACGUGUAGUGCAGUUUACUCUUCAUUUAUCAUAUUGUAUGUUAUUUUUGUAAACGCAUGUCCAUAUUAUUGUCUGGAAUAUCAACAUUUGGGAUUUUGUUGUUGAAUAAAAUACAGUGGUAUCAUGAAGUUAAUCCCAUAUUGUCCCUAUGGGAAUGAAAGGAGUGCCAAACAAAACUCAGUCAUGAUUAAAUAUGUACACACAAUAAAACGUGAAUACAAUUAAAACACU